AUGGAUCCUCAGCCCCCUCCACCUGCCCAGGGCAGCCCGCCUCACCGUGGCCGAGGCCGGGGCCGUGGCCGAGGCCGUGGUCGUGGCCGAGGCCGUGGCCGAGGGGGCGCUGGAGCCCCUCGGGCCCCCCUGCCCUGCCCCAUCUGUGGCCGCCUCUUUCGCUUCCCCUACUACCUCUCCCGACACCGGCUGAGCCACUCAGGCCUCCGGCCCCACGCCUGCCCCCUGUGCCCCAAGGCCUUCCGACGGCCUGCCCACCUGUCCCGCCACCUGCGUGGCCACGGGCCCCAGCCUCCGCUGCGCUGUGCCGCCUGUCCCCGCACCUUCCCAGAGCCCGCCCAGCUCAGGCGCCACUUGGCCCAGGAGCAUGCAGGUGGCGAGGUCGAGCUGGCCAUCGAGAGGGUGGCCAAGGAGACGGCCGAAUCCAGCUGGGGCCCGCAGGAAGAGGGCGUGGAGCAGCCCACCACGGCAGCAGCGGGGGCUGCGGAGGAUGAGGCGGCGUGGCCCCCGACGUGGCCCACUGCGGAGCCAGCUGCGCGGGCGGCUCCCCCGAGCGCCGAGCCCCGGGAGUCAGAGGAGGAGGAGGCCGAGGCAGGGGCAGCGGAGUUGAGGGCCGAGUUGGCGCUGGCGGCCAGAAGGCAGGAGGAGAAGCAGGUCUUGCUCCAGGCCGACUGGACGCUGCUGUGCCUCCGCUGCCGCGAAGCCUUCGCCACCAAGGGUGAGCUCAAAGCGCACCCGUGUCUGCGCCCAGAGGGCGAACAGGAGGGCGAAGGGGGGCCCCCGCCACGCCCCAAGCGACACCAGUGCUCCAUCUGCCUCAAGGCCUUCGCCAGGCCCUGGUCCCUGUCCCGCCACCGGCUGGUCCACUCCACCAACCGCCCUUUUGUGUGCCCAGACUGCGGCCUGGCUUUCCGCCUGGCCUCCUACCUCCGCCAGCACCGCCGCGUCCACGGUCCGCUCAGCCUGCUGGCCCCGCUGCCCACAGCCGGGAAGAAGGACGACAAGGCCUCGGCUGGACGGAACUCAGGGAAGGGGCCGGAGGGGGGCGAAGGGGCGGCAUGCGGGGGUGGCUCGGAAGCAGGAGGAGGGCAGAAUGGAGGGGAUGCUGCCCCGGCCCGGCCCCCCGCCGGGGAACCUCGCUUCUGGUGUCCCGAGUGCGGUAAAGGUUUCCGGCGUCGGGCACACCUGCGGCAGCACGGGGUGACCCACUCGGGGGCACGUCCCUUCCAGUGUGUGCGCUGCCAGCGGGAGUUCAAGCGGCUGGCAGACCUGGCUCGCCACGCGCAGGUCCACGCCGGGGGCCCGGCCCCGCACCCGUGCCCGCACUGCCCGCGGCGCUUCUCGCGCGCCUACAGCCUCCUGCGCCACCAGCGCUGCCAUCGAGCCGAGCUGGAGAGGGCCGCCGCGGAGAGGGCCGCCGCGUUGCAGGCGCUCCAGGCCCAGGCCCCUCCGUCACCACCGCUGCCUCCACCGCCCCCGAAGGCUGAGCAGGAAGAAGGGGUCCAGUUGCCCAUCGUACGCAUCAAGGAAGAGCCGCCCUCCCCAGGGACCCCACCCCAGUCCCCGCCUGUCCCCCCUGUCUUCCUCAGCGCCUCCUGUUUCGACAGCCAAGACCACUCAGCCUUCGAGAUGGAGGAAGAAGAGGUAGACAGCAAAGCUCACCUGCGCGGCUUGGGAGGCCUGGCCUCCUGACCCUCACACCCACCCUCCGCCGCUCCAUUUGAGCUCCCCGGUUUGCAAUAUGUAGGAGGGAAGUUGAAGGAGAGGCACCUCCUCUGUCUACCCGCCCCUCCCCUUCAAGCCCUUGACACUAAGGAGAGGGGAGCCCUGGACCACCCCUCCCUCCCCAUGACCCACCCCCAGACCCCUGAUGCUGGUUAGGAACCUCUCACCCCAACAUGUGUCUUAAGGCAGGACGACUUGGAAAAGGAGGCGGAGGACAAUUGGCCAGAGGGAUGGAGACUGGUAGGGACGCCCCUGCCUUCCUAUUCCCCCAUUAUACACACUGGACAUCACCACCUCUUUGGAACUGCCAGACCCUGGGGGUCCCCAGUGAGCAAAGGUCUGUCUUCGUCCCUUUGUCUGUCUAUGAAUAAAUGUGAGUUCGUGAAAUCCAA